AUGGUCAAGAUUGAUGAAGAGCUAUCAAAUAGAGCUUUAAGCUCUCUACUGAAACACUGCUCUACCGAUGAGUCUCUUCGAAAUGAUAAAGAUGUUCAGGUAAUCAUCAAUGCUUCGAAGAAAAUAGGAAUUAAAAAUGAUCACACCCCAAGGAUAAUCCCCUUGAGGGAAUCUAAGUUACAUAGGCCUAAGGAUCUUCGUAUUCUGCUAAUCACUAAAGAUCCUUCUACCACUUAUAGAGAAUCUUUAGCCAAAGAUGAAACUACCACUGAUCUCUUUAAAGAAAUACUCAGUAUAAAAAACUUAAAACGUCGAUUUAGAGGUGUUAAAUCUAUUCAACUUUACAAAGAAUUUGAUUUAAUAGUAGCGGAUUUUAGAGUUCAUCAUCUGUUACCAGAUGUCCUAGGUAGUAAAUUUUACCACGGUACUAAGAAACUUCCAUACGUGAUACGCAUGACAAGACCAUAUGACAAGUCCAAGACCUCACAGGAUUGUGAUUCGGCAUUUGUAAGAGCUCAAUUGAGAAGUAUCUGCAAAAAUACCAGUUAUGUACCCAACAGUGACAAUUGCCUUGGCGUGCGCAUAGGAAGAGUAGGAAAACAUAGUACACAAGAAAUGGUGGAAAACAUUAAAGAUGUGGUUAAUUUCCUCACAGAUAAGAGUAAAAGACCACAAGGGGGAGUUAUUAGAGAUGGAAUUUCCUCUAUGUUUGUCAAGACGACGAAUAGCCCUAGUUUACCAAUAUACGGCGAACAAAAGUAA